AUGCAGUUCCCCAUCAUUGCGAUUAUCUCCAUGGCCGCCGUCGCCUCCGCCGCAACCACAUACGAGACUGCCAACUACUUGUCCGUCUGCACACAGGGUAACAACCUCUUCUGCACUGGCAACACCCAAGUUUGCCCCAAGGGCAAGACGGACACCUUUGACGCCAAGGCUACCAAGGCCAACGAGGAGGCCUGCAAGGGUCGUAAGCAAAACGACAGCUGCACCCAAACCAUCGCUUGCGUCUAA